CAGUAGACUUCAGCAAGUCUGCAUCUCAGGAGUGGUUCAAGGACAGCUCUUGGAACUGGGGGAACCUGCACAGACCAGAUUUCCAAGCCAGCCUCUUCUGUCGGCCGUUUCUCUCCAGAUACUGAGGAGCACGACAGAGAGAAAAUGGCACCUUCUCCUACCAGAUGCAAAGAGAACUCUGAUGAGCAGUCCAGGGAUCCCUCUACAGAUAAAGCCAGCCCCAAGGAGUCACGCGAGAAGUACCGUGGCAGGGCUAGAACUCGAAAGUGGAGCAGCGCUUCCAGUGGUAGCAGCAGCUCCAGGUCUCCGCCCAGCUGUAGCACCAGCUCGGGAUCCAGCAGCGGCUCCAGCUCACCUUCAGCAUCCAGCCGCUCAGGACGUUCCAGCACGUCCUGCAGCUCCAGCUCCAGCUCCAGCAGCUCCCCUGGCUCUUUGAAGCCUUCUUGGCAUAGAAGAGGCAAGAGACAGCGGUCUCGCUCCAAACAACCCGAAAGGGAUGAAAAGGAAGGGAGAAGGCACAGCCCUUCCCCUAAACCCACCAAGCUGCACAUCGCGAGACUCACCAGGAACGUGACCAAGGACCACAUCCGGGAGAUAUUCUCCACCUUCGGGAAAGUUAGAGUGAUUGACAUGCCUGUAGAGAGGAUGCACCCUGGUCUGUCUGAUGCUUAUGUGGAGUUCGAGACUCCAGACGGGGCUGAGAAGGCGCUGAAGCACAUGGAUGGAGGACAAAUUGACGGCCAGGAGAUCAGGGCCACCGCUGUGCCACCCCUCAGGCGACUCAGCCCUCGCAGGAGAAUGCGUUCACCGCCCCCCAGGUGGCGCAGGUCACCCUCACAGAGAAGGAGAAGGUCGCCUUCCCCUUGGCUCAGGUCCCAGAAGCGCUGGCGACACCGCUUCCCUCGUCGCCCCCUCCACCGGAGCCGCUCCAGCUCCAGCUCCUCGUGAGGGCAGCAACUGCGGCUUGUCCCAGGGCAGCAGAGUUCCCGCUGCAGUGGUGUGGGGUCGGGCUUGUAAAGAUGCCCUCCGCAGUUCUGGCUAGAAAACUCUGGUUGUAGUUCCUGAGAAUCUGUUUAAUGACAAAGCCAGCAGGGAGGAGCAGAGCGGGCCAGCUGGUGCAACAGCCGCAGCCUGGGAACGCGCUUUUCCCAGAUGACCUGAGGCCCGUUCUGGUGGCCUGGUGCUGCCCUAACCUGUCCGCCUGCAGAGUCCAGCAGUGAUGCCAUUCUUGUCAGCCUGGCCCUACUCUCCUGCUAGGGUCCUUUUCUGACCUCUAGAGUCAAAUACCUCCUGUGAUCUGCCCAAAAUGGUUCUUUUCACAUGUGUACACACACACACACACACACACACACACACACACACAGCUCCCUUCUCUGAAACUGGUAAGUUGAGAGCCAGCUUUACAGGGUCCCCAUAGAACCACCCCGGUGGUCCUGCAGGUUACCUUGGCAACAUGUCCUUGCUUUUUCGGCUUUUAUUGUAUAGUCAGUACUAUAAAUUUUCUGUUUUGUAGCUUUGUAGUAUUUUAGAUAAUGUUGUGUCUAUACUUUGUUGUGUACAGUAAAAAUAAUUGUGUUGAAUAAAUCUAGGAUUAAAGUGGAAAAAAAAACACCUUUUCUCUCAUCAACAUUCAAAUAAACUGGGGCAAUGACUUUGUUCAAUGAACUUCUGAAUCAUAGAUUUUAGUCCACCCCUUGGCAUGUAAUAAGUGCACUGUAAAUGGGAGGAUCAAUUGAUUUUCCUUCAAAACCAGGAAAUAAUGAGUGUUGAAAGGGGUGCUGUUAAUAACUAUGGCAGAACAACAGGAAUAAAAUGAUAUUUUUAGUUUUUCACUCAAAACAUCUCUGAAGACAGCAAUGAUUGAUUUAAAAGAAAGAGUGUACUGAUUAGGUUAACAUUUGAAGCAGAUUAUUGUGAUUAGAGUGUUAAAUGAAUUAAGAGAGAAAGGAUGUGAAAUCAUAGUGACAAUUGAUUGCAGUCUACCGCCAAAGAGGCAGUAUCAUUGUGUAACUGAAGUUGAGUGACUUUCUGAGAAAACUUUAGAAACUAUUUUUGGAGUUUGAAUGUUUUCUUUCAACAAAAUAUCUGAGCUCUUUAGAAGGGCAAAGUGAAUAAGUGAGUCUGGCAAUGUAAAUCAUUAAAACUCACAUUACCCUUCUCCUCAUAGGGUAUCCAACUUAGUGAGAAAAUCAACAUAAAAUGAAGAGACGAUAAUACACAUACAAUUCAAAAUUAGAAAACUAGUGGAGAAAAUGCAAUAUUAACUUUGAUGACUGGGUCUGGAAUGGUCACUCUGUUCAAACGAUGUUUUGCAGGAAGACAGAAAGGUGCCCAGGAUUGAUUCAAGGGUGGCUGGAGCUCAGAGGCCACAGCAGCAAUGCCGGGUCCCCCUGGAGGUGCUCCUAGAGGUGUUUUCUGGAGCAGCACAGGCUCUCACCACAGAGCCAGGACAGGUCCAGUCUGCAUCGAUCCCUGAAAUCUCUCUUAUCUCCCUCAGCUAUGGGGAAUUGGGCUGAAGUAACCAAGGCCAUGAGGGAGAAAACUUGAGAACCCAAACAAAUUUAUAAACUCUUUAUGGUGCCUUGAACUUUGAAAUCACAGAAGAAAAUCUUAGUAAGUACUACCAGCAGUGGGGAGAACUUAUCAGACUUAUCAGAGUUAAAUCCAGAGCCUGUUGACAGAAGGCAUAGCUACCCACCUCUACUCACUCUUUGUCCUUCUAUUUAUCAGUCGCUCUUUGGCCCUCUGGAAUCAGCCUUCUCUCUCCACUACUGAUAAAACAACUUUAUCAAAACUGCACAAAGAGUUCCAGAAAAUGUCAUUCUUUUCCUUCCUGAUAUUGUCCCCCUGGGACUUCUGUAGCAUGACACCUUUAUUCCAUGUUCUGUGUGUUCAGUGAAAAUAAUUAUGUUUACUAAAGGGAGUGUUUAUAAGUAAAAUGAAUUGUUUAUUUAA